GGUUGGGCCAAGCUUAUUACUUGGGCCUUUUGGGCCCAACUAUCAUCAAAAUCCCUAGGUGCUAGAUUUAAACCUUGGGCUAAGUGGUGGGAAUUAUAAAUUGACCAGGUUCAUUAGAAAACCUUGGUGGUUACAGCGUAGAUUUUAUCAUGAAAGUUCAUUUAGGUGCUCAAGUCAACAUGUCGAUGGAAUCUUCAUCAUCUUCCCGUUCCGAUGUGGCCUUUUCUUCUCAUGUGUGGAAGUACCAUGUUUUUCUUAAUUUUAGAGGAGAAGAUACUCGUAAAACUUUUGUUGAUCAUCUCCACACAGCUCUCGUACAACAAGGGAUCUAUGCUUACAAGGACGAUGAAACACUUCCUCAGGGCAAAUCAAUUGGCCCAUCUCUAAUGACCGCUAUUGAAGACUCACAGAUCUCCGUCAUCGUAUUCUCUAAAAACUAUGCAGAUUCUUCAUGGUGUUUAGAUGAACUUGUACAUAUCAUGAAAUGCAAGGAUAGAAGAGGCCAAAUCGUGAUGCCUGUAUUUUAUGACGUUGAUCCUUCUGAAGUUAGAAAACAAAAGGGCAAAUACGGAGAAGCAUUUGUGAAACAUGAGUUGGAGAACAACAAAAAGGUUGAAUCUUGGAGAAAAGCACUUAUGGAUGCUGGUAACAUUUCUGGAUGGGAAACCGAGCACAUUGCCAACGGGCACGAGUCAAAAUGCAUUGAAAAAAUUGUUGACACAAUUUCACAUAACUUGCAUCCUGUAACUUCAAGUGUGGAUGACAACCUGGUUGGAGUAGAGACUCGCAUGCAAGAUUUGAUAUCAAAGUUACAAAUUGGGUUUGGUGGUAAAAGAAUGAUUGGAAUAUGGGGGCUUGGAGGUGGUGGUAAGACUACUCUUGCCUCUUCUGUUUAUGAUAAAAUCUCUAGCAAGUUUGAUGGUUGUUGCUUUCUAAAAAAUAUUCGCGAGGAAACAAGUAAUAAAAAUGGUUUGGAAAGAUUGCAAGAGAAAAUUCUUUGUGGUGUUUUAAAACAAAAGCAAGUGGAUGUAGGGAGAGUUGAAGAAGGAAGAAAUAUGAUAAAGGAUAGGUUACACCAUAGAAAGGUCUUGAUUCUUCUUGAUGAUGUUGACAACCUUGAGCACCUAGAAGAGUUAGCUGGAUCACGUGAUUGGUUCGGUGAAGGAAGCCGCAUAAUAAUCACAACUAGAGAUGAACAUGUAUUAACUGCACACAAAGUAGAUGUUAUACACAAUAUAAGUUUGUUAAACACUGAUGAAGCUAUGAAGCUCUUUUGCAAGCAUGCACCUCAGGGUUACAGACGUAUAAAAGACUAUCAGCAGCUUUCGAAAGAUGCUGUAUCAUAUGCUGGUGGGCUCCCAUUAGCACUUAGAGUUCUGGGUCGUUUUUUAUGUGACAAAGAGACGAAUGAGUGGAGAAGUGCAUUGGAUAGAUUGAAAGAAAUCCCAGAUGCUAAUAUUCUGGAAAAGCUAAAAAUCAGCUUUGAUGGACUUACGUCCGAGGAGAGAGAGUUGUUCCUAGACAUCGCAUGUUUCUUUAGAGGUCGGAUUAAAGAUGAAGAUGUAAUGAUGAAACUUGAUGCUUGUGGUUUUCACUCGGUUAUAGGCAUAAAGGUGUUGGUUCAAAAGGCUCUCAUAACUAUUUCAGAAUAUGGAAUGUUUGAUAUGCAUGAUUUGAUACAAGAAAUGGCACACUACAUUGUUAGAAGGGAACACCCCAAGAAUCCUGCAAAACAUAGUAGAGUUUGGAAAGAGGAAGAUGUUUUAAAAAUAUGUGCUAUGGAUGAAACAACGAACCUUGACAGGAUUGAGGCUAUACAUGUUUUGUGUUUUAGGAGUGAUGAAUCACAACUAGUUGUUCAGGUUGCUGCAAACAUGAAGAAACUUCGGUGGAUUGAUUUUGAUUUUGAUUUUGAGCCGAUAGAAGAUGGAUUGAUUGAGACUCCACUUGGAUUAAUUAUAAUUCCAGAAAAUUUUCCACCAAGGGAGCUUUGUUGUCUAACAUUGAGGUGGCUCGAUGCAAAACAACUCUGGGAAGGUUACAAGUAUCUACCAAAUUUGAGGAUGAUCAAACUUUCACGUUUGGAUAGCCUAAUCAAGACACCUGAUUUUAAGGGGCUUCCGAACCUUGAAAGAUUCUUGGUUUAUGAAUGUUGGUCUUUAGAAGAGAUUCAUCCAUCAUUUGGACGUUUGGCAAAUAUUGUUUAUGUGGUGAUACAAGAUUGUGACAAUCUUAUGAUAGUUCCACCCAUUAACCGCUUGAAGAAACUUGAGACUCUUGUGCUCUCGGGAUGCACUUCAUUUGAUAAUCUUUCAAAGAUCGAACAAAAUAUGGAGCAUCUUGUACCUCACAACAUGAACCACAUAGGGCUACGGCUUAUUAGUGGAUGCUUAAGGAAACUAGAUCUCAACCGAUGCAAUUUGGGAGAUGGAGACAUCAAGUCUGCUGCUUUUUGGGAAUUAACCAACUUGCAAGAGUUAAAUCUAGAAAGAAAUAAAUUUGUAAGGUUGAAUUUUAGUCUCUUGCAGCUUCCUCGGCUCAAAUAUCUCAACAUAAGAUACUGCAAACACCUUUUAGAAUUGGCGGAGCUGCCAUUAAGUAUAGCUGUUGUUGUAGCGGAUGGUUGUGAGUCACUUGAAAGCUUUGGAGAUAUUUCAAACUGUAAAUGGUUGUGGAAAGUCUCACUUAUUGGGAACCACAAACUUAGUCCACUUGCUGGUGACAUAGUACUAAACUCCAUGCUCCAGGGAAACGCGAAAGAUUACUUUUUCAGUAUCUGCCUUUCAGCCAUUGACAUUUGGAGGGGGUUUGUAAUUUGGGUAUACUGGGUGAAGACAUAUAAGAUGUCGCUUCCACAUGAUUGUUUUGGCAGGGGUCUAAUCGAAGACAUGAUACUCAAUCUCAAGAGACAUGUGUAG